GUUGUAGAACCAAGAUGGCGGCGGCUAUAGCGGGUUUGCCUCAAGCACAAAAUCAAGGCAAGCAGCAAGGUGGUGUUGCCUCAGAGCGAUCUCUACGCUCAGUUUUCGGUACGUUUUAGCAUAAGGGUUUAUGGUGAGAUUGAUUUCUUGAAUGACACGACGUUAAGCUAUACUAUUGGAACUUCUGUAGCCACAGAGGUUUGGGUCUAUUGAUCAUGCAUUUUCUUUAUAUAUGCAUCUAACCAUUAUAUAUUAUCUAGAAAGCAAUGGCUUUAAUGCUUUUGGGAAGUACAGUAACUUCAGACAGUUUCUUGGAUAAAAAACUAUAUUUCCUCAUUUUUAAAUCAGGGUGCAAAGAAAAUCAUUUUUACAGCUUGCCAGUCGGGUAAGUUGAAGCUAGCAUUUACUAGCCCAGACGUAAUGUCAACUAGCCCCCAAAACUUUUUGACGAGCAGAAUUGAUGUCACAGUUCUUCUGUUAUUCGAAUUCCUCAAAAAAUAUUACUUGCCCGUAGGGCAAGUUAAAAACAGAAUUCACUAGCCCAAUAGCAAUCCACUAGCCCUGGGCUAUCGGACACUACUUUCUUUGCACGCUGUUUAAAUACAAAAUGGCUAUCAGUAUGGGACCUGUACACCGACUUGUAUUUGCUAUUCAUGCGGGAUUCUUCUGAAAAUACUGAUCAGAGUUAGGCACUGACCAUACUGAUUAGGGUUAAGUGCUGAGAAUGACGAUUAGGGUUAGCAAGUUUUGAAGUAGACGGCUGAGUUGUCAAAGUAAGCGGCCAGUCCAGGGAUAUUUUAUUUAAAAAAAUGCCAUCGGUAAAGAAAUGCCAAGCAGAGUAGCCAGCCGAUACUAACCAAGUAGGCGGCGAUUUUUGCUAGCAGCCGGCUACUUUUGACAACCCUGCGGGAAUUGCAGCAUUACACACGUGUUUCUUGCAUGUAAAUCUGCCAUAUUUCAUGCAAAUUACAUGAGAAAUACAUUCGCAAAACACUUGUGUAAAAAAAUACAUGCAAAAUUACACAAGAAAGUACACAUAAAUUUCAGAAACUGGGUGUAAAGUUUUACACAGAGACUGUGUGCAUUUUGACAACUUUUAUCUUCGGCUGAAAUCUUUGAAGUGAAGAACAACGAUCUCUUGCCCUCAUACGGUAUUUUGAAUGUCGGUCGUUUUGGGGAAAAAUAGAAUGAUCGUUUCUCUCACCAGGUCAGUUACAAAAUUACUGCUAAUUUGGUUUACCUUUGUGGAGUUCAAUCAUUUAAGCCUCUUAAAAUUUCCCCGAGGUUCUUUGUUACACAAUUGAAACUAGAAUGAUUCGCUGUACUGUUUGAAAUGUUUCUGAUGUUUUGCAAAUUCUGUAUCUACCAUGCACAAUUUUCAUUUAAGAGGCAAAUUGCAUCCUUGAUUGGCUCGUACAUGUACCUCAUUUUGUUUUGUCCAGCCAAAUAAUGACUUGGUCAGGCAUAUGUCUUGUGAAGAAAGAAAAUUCAUUUUGCAUCUUUGGUAAAUUUGAACAUGAGAAAGGUCCAGCUACAAAGUGGCUGUUGAUACUGCUGCAGUAAGAACAUAAAAAUAACUUUAACAAUAAGGAAAAAGUCUUUCUUUGUGGAAAAAAUGUAAACUACAACAUGUAUAACAUUGAGGAAAUAGGUGUUCUCAUAAAAUCCUAACUAUUUUAAUUAAGUGUAAGGGGGCGGGGUGCUUAUUGCUCAUUUGGUUGAAUUAUAAGGUGCCUUUAGAGGGUAGGUGCUUAAUUGAGGAAAUACAAAAAAGGAAACAGCAUUUGAUUUUAAAAAGUGCUUGUCUUAUAUCUAUUCUUUACUUGCACUUAGUUGGAAAUAUUCCAUAUGAAGCAUCAGAGGAGCAGCUUAAAGAUAUCUUCUCUGAAGUUGGACCUGUUGUCAGCUUUAGGUCAGUGUCUGUAGUACGGUUUAUUUAUUAUUACACAAAUGAGGAAUCAUGAUCCUUGUACCACUUUUCAUGUGACCAGUUUUAACACUCAAACAUGACAUUGUGGCUCAACUUGUACAGCUCUAGAAUAUCUUGAGAAUGCCCAGAUGAAAACAAUACCCUGUGCUUGGAAUACCUGAAAGCAAAAAAAAAUAUUUAAAAUUUACUGGUUAGUUCAAAUGAGUUACCACUGGUUAAUCUUUUAAAAUAUUUUUGUGUUCUUCAGUGUGAUUAUUAUUAAUUUUUUCCUAAAGGAGUGAAGCCCAAUAAAAGAGAUUUUAACUGAAAUUGAUCAUUGUUGUUGUAGAAUCUGUGAUAUUUACAGCAAAAUUCAUAUAUUCAUCAUUUCAAUGUUUUAAUCAUUAUUGUCCUAAAGGGUUUUGUUGUACUGGGACAUGACUCAAUAGUUAUUAUACUCUGAGAAAGAAAAGUGGAGUUGAUAAUAUGAGAUAAAGAAUACCACUCAAACUCAACUAGCUUAAAACAUACGAAAAAAAAAAGUAUUAUUUAGCCAGUGUUCCUACUUACUGAUGGGCAGCAAUUCACUACACACUAAUGCAAAUCAUGACAAGUGAAGCCCAGGAAUGAGCUCUCUUGACUGGAGUUCCCACUUGCAAAGACCAAAGUGAGAAUUUCAUUUUUUGCAAUAGCUAUAUACUGUUUUUUAUCACUAGCAUUACUAUGACUCCGUAAGUUUUUUUUAUAUACAAUCAAGUGUGAAUAAAAUUGUUGUUGGUAUUGGUGUGUUCAGUUCGUUGUUAAAAUAAACCUUACGAAAGGCCUGUUUACAUGGAGGUGGAGGACCCUGGAUAGGUGAGGUAUUAUGUGGCGCGUUACCCCACCUAUCAUGUAAACGUGAUGAAAAUAAAAUGAGAGAUUAUAUGGACAGGCGGGUUACCCCACCCAAGCGGGUUACCUCACCUACCUGGGGUCCCCCACUUCCUUGUAAACAGGCCCUUAGACCUUAGGCCUCCCUUUCUCAGGGUACAAAAAUGGUGUCCAAUUGCUCCAGAAAGUAAACUUGUGUUGUGAACAAAUGUAUAAUAACCUGAAAGCCUACCAACAGGGUCAACUAGAUUGAGUGGGUACUGGAGUACAGUACUGAUACAAUUGAAGCUGUGCUGAAGGUGGCAUCCUCAGGGGAUGGAUAAUCAAUUAACAAUGGAACUAUGGCUUACCCUCCAUAGAACCCAGGGAGGGUACUUCUUAGAACUAGGUUAAUGGGCAUGUGCUGCUGAAUGAGGUGGCAUUUUCUCGACUGGAUUGACUAUAAUGGGGUUUCAUUUUCAAAAGAGUCACUAGAAUGGGCUCGUUCGGGAUUUUGGGGUUAAGAAAAUUCUUGUAUCUAGGAAUUUUAGAAUGACUGACCUACCAGAGGUUAAAAAGGCUUUAUAAGGUAGAUGUAUAAAGCCGAAUAGGCUAAGUAAAUUUUUUUAAAAGUGACCAAGAUAGGGUCUGUAAUUGGGCACUAAAAUAGCCUGUUCCAAGCGUUCAGAUAGUGGGGAGCGGUGCGAACUAAAAAAGGCGUAAAAAGGCUAUAAUGUUCUGAGAGGCCAGAGGCACAUACCCGGCAAAAAUUAACCCAAGUAACCCCAUGCAUCCCAGUGCUAAGCUGGCCUUUGAUUCCAAACGAAAAUUAAGCCUUAAUGCCUAGCUUGUAUAUAUGUUACAAUAUCUUUUCAAGAGUGUUUUCAGAUGACGUCACGGCUGUAUUGGUGUCCCAAAACCAUGAAAUGGCAGCCAUGUUGGUGUCCGAAACCAAUCCUGUGGAAGUUGAUCUCUUUUCUUAUGCAAACGCUUUCUUUUGCUUUAAUGAAUUUGCAUAGAUGCUGGCCACGUGAGUGAAAACACUCUAUAACGGGUCAGUUAUGAAAGAGAGAAGUGAGAUGUCAAGUUCAGUACCAAAGUUGCUUUAUAUUUGGCUUGUAAGGACAAAAUUUCUACGAGUUUUAUACUGUGUUCAAAGCAACAAAGGUGAACAGUAAUUUGACAGCACCCAGAAUUGAAACAAUCCUAGUAUGCUGUUGGCAGGUUCUGAACCCCUUCAACGUCAUUUCAUCAACAUACUCCAUACCCAACUUGAUAGAUUGUUCUGUUUUUCUCUCGUAAAAAAAUGUUACAUACCAAAGAAUCAGUGCAGUUCUCCAUACAUUUUUUCUUAAAAUUAAUACAAAAGGCAUUUGACUUUAAGACACUUUGCACUUGCAACCAUUUUCUUUUAACCCAUAAGGUUAGAUCAGGUGGUGAUAUUCUGGGGAAAUCUUGUAGUCAACUUUACUCAGACAAGACCGAGGAGAAAACCUUUUCCAAAAAAAAAAAUUUUACAGCCCAAUUUUGAAAUAAUAAUAUUCACACUUUGAAUCCAACACUUUGGGAAUAAACACUAGGACCAAAAAGUUCAGACCUGAUUUUUCCUUGGGCCACAUUACCAAGUACGAAUUGCUAUUAAAAUACAUGUAAAUUGAAAUAUUGGUCCAUUAACAACCACUGGACCAACUUCGAAGGUUUUUUUUUAUAUAACAUGUGCAGUUUUGAUUUCAUUGCUUUUUUAUUGGGUUUAAAAAGGUUUUCUUUUCCUAUUAGUUGUGUCAAUAAUGUUUUCCAUAUUACAAAACAAUAACGUUUUACCAUCUAACACCCCUUUGACAAAAAACCCAUAAUUCCAAAACCAUUUUCUGUAAUCAUCAACAGGAAAACAACAAAAUAAUUGGACAACUGAAGUUUUGGCUGUUCUAAAAAAAUGCCCGAAAACCAAACAACUGAACCCCCAAAUAAGUCAAAAUACAUCAACAACGUAAGAUACUUCUUCCAGUGAAACUUUAAUGACACUACUUUGUAAAUCUCUUUACAUUUCUGCUUCUGAGGCUUCAAAAAAAGGAAAACACAAAAUAGAAAUAACAACAACUGUGAAACUUCUAACUUAAACUUGUUAGUUCCUGUUUAGUCUAUGUUGCAUUAAGCAAAGUUCAUGAACCUGAAGCUUACUGUCCACCUCGCAGACGCAGCACCAGGUGAAGUGUGGACUCUUUCUGGAUGUUGUAGUCGCUCAGGGUACGGCCGUCUUCCAGCUGCUUGCCAGCAAAGAUAAGACGCUGCUGAUCAGGUGGGAUUCCCUCCUUAUCCUGGAUUUUGGUCUUGACAUUUUCGAUGGAGUCACUGGGCUCUACCUCGAGGGUGAUGGUCUUUCCAGUCAGGGUCUUGACAAAAAUCUGCAUACCACCACGCAGACGCAGAACAAGAUGAAGGGUGGACUCCUUCUGGAUGUUGUAGUCACUCAGUGUGCGACCAUCUUCAAGUUGCUUUCCAGCGAAGAUCAAUCUCUGUUGGUCAGGAGGGAUGCCUUCUUUGUCUUGGAUCUUGGUUUUUACAUUCUCAAUGGAGUCACUGGGUUCGACUUCAAGGGUAAUGGUCUUGCCAGUUAGGGUCUUCACAAAGAUCUGCAUACCACCACGUAGACGUAAAACCAGAUGAAGGGUUGACUCUUUCUGGAUAUUAUAAUCACUGAGGGUACGGCCAUCUUCCAGCUGCUUGCCUGCGAAGAUCAACCUCUGUUGGUCAGGAGGGAUGCCUUCCUUGUCUUGGAUUUUGGUCUUGACGUUCUCGAUGGAGUCACUAGGUUCAACUUCAAGGGUGAUGGUCUUGCCUGUCAGGGUCUUUACAAAAAUCUGCAUGCCUCCUCUGAGUCGCAACACUAAGUGAAGUGUGGACUCUUUCUGGAUGUUGUAGUCGCUCAAGGUACGGCCAUCUUCCAGCUGCUUGCCUGCAAAGAUCAACCUCUGCUGAUCGGGAGGGAUUCCUUCCUUAUCUUGGAUCUUGGUCUUUACAUUCUCGAUGGAGUCGCUCGGUUCAACUUCUAGGGUGAUGGUUUUUCCUGUCAGAGUCUUGACGAAGAUCUGCAUUCCGCCACGCAAACGCAACACCAAGUGAAGGGUGGAUUCUUUUUGGAUAUUGUAGUCGCUGAGGGUACGGCCGUCUUCAAGCUGUUUGCCGGCGAAAAUGAGACGCUGCUGAUCGGGGGGAAUGCCUUCUUUGUCUUGGAUCUUUGUCUUGACAUUUUCAAUAGAGUCACUCGGCUCUACCUCUAGUGUGAUGGUCUUUCCGGUUAGUGUUUUCACGAAAAUCUGCAUUCCACCUCUCAAACGCAACACAAGAUGAAGAGUCGACUCUUUUUGGAUGUUGUAGUCGCUCAGGGUACGGCCAUCUUCCAACUGCUUUCCGGCGAAGAUAAGACGCUGUUGGUCAGGAGGGAUGCCUUCUUUGUCUUGGAUCUUCGUCUUCACAUUUUCAAUUGAGUCGCUUGGUUCGACCUCGAGAGUGAUGGUCUUUCCCGUCAGGGUUUUGACAAAAAUCUGCAUUCCACCUCUCAGGCGAAGGACAAGGUGAAGUGUCGACUCUUUCUGGAUGUUGUAGUCGCUCAAAGUACGGCCAUCUUCAAGCUGUUUGCCGGCGAAGAUGAGUCGCUGUUGAUCGGGCGGGAUGCCUUCUUUGUCUUGAAUCUUCGUCUUCACAUUUUCAAUACUGUCGCUUGGUUCAACCUCAAGAGUGAUGGUCUUUCCAGUUAGGGUCUUUACGAAGAUUUGCAUGAUGAAUUUAGCUUCGAAACUUGCCUUUUUUAAAGAAAAUAAGCGGCAAAACUCACUUCUCGUCAAAGUCAGAAAACGCAAUGGCGUCGAAGGAAUAGGGCGCUUUCUUUAUUCCUGGAUACUGUGUUCUGAUUGGCUAAAAAUAUGCUUGCUCACAAGCCACGUGAUAAUAACUGUGAUGUCAUAAUGACAAAGGAAAUGAGAAGAUAAAAAUUAAUCAAUGACGAUUUCAAACGUUUUACCCCGCAAUAUGACAAAUUAGACAUCGAUAUUAAAAAUCCUUUCGUUUUGUCGAUCGGAAACCUUUAUUUCAAUAUUUCACUAUCGCUAAAAAACAGUCUUUUGUUCUACAGUUACGAAUUUAAGGAGCAAUACAUGAUUUUCUAUUUUUAGUCAGCAACUUUACUCUCAUGUUCAGGAAAUUUCUGCGUGAUUCAGCAGACUACCCGCGGAAAAAAAAUUUGCCAAGCUGUCAUGAUACUCAAUAUUCUGCUGCAAUCUGAUGACGAUCGUCGACAUCCGUUCAAGCGAUAUCCUCGACUUGGACGUGACAAAAACUCAUAACAGCGAUAGAACUCACGAAAUCUUUUCUCUUCCAAAGGAGCCCAGAGAUUUUGUCUUCGGGCCUUUUUAGGACUCAAUAUUCGCUUGCCAGAUUCUUUCUGGAUAUUUUGGGAUAUUUUGAGCUUACUCCCUCAACGUACUGAAAGGAGGUUUCGAAAUGAUUGAUUAUUACAUAAUCGGUUCCCCUUCGAUUUCGAUAUUCAAUAUUCUGUUGCAAUCUCAUGAUGUUUGUCGACAUCCGUUCAAACGAUAUCCUCGACUUGGACGUGACAAAAACUCACAACAGCGAACAUCUUGUCUCUUCCAAAGGAGAAGGAGCUCCGAGAUUUUGUCUUUGAGCCUUUUUAGGACUCAAUAUUCUCUUGCCAGAUUCUUUCUGGAUAUUCUGAGGUAUUUUGAGCUUACUCCCUCAACGUACUGAAAGCAUUUUUGCACAACAUUAAAUGAUUUUUUUCAAAAUGCUGACGGAUAGAUUUUUCAGUUUCCUCAUCGGUUCCCCUUCGAUUACCUCUUCCUCCCUCGCAAAACUUCCUAGCCGCGUGGGGAGUGGGCUCGGUAAGUCUAGAUGUUAACACCCAUCAACAUCUUGGUUCUACCGCCGCCGAUAUCGCCCAAACGGAGUUCGUGUUUUAGUUCCGUUCGUCGUUCCACCACAACGGAGUCUCGCUAGAGAUGCGAGUCAAAAGCCUACGUUUUAGCGUAAGGGUUUAUGGUGAGAUUGAUGUCUUGAAUGACACGACGUUAAGCUAUACUAUUAAUUUGAACUUCUGUAGCCACAGAGGUUUGGUCUAUUGAUCAUGCAUUUUCUUUAUAUAUGCAUCUAACCAUAAUAUAUUAUCUAGAAAGCAAUGGCUUUAAUGCUUUUGGGAAGUACAGUAAGUUCAGACAGUUUUUUGGAUAAAAAGCUAUAUUUUGCUAAUUUUUAAAUACAAAAUGGCUAUCAGUAUGGGACCCAUACACCAACUUGUAUUUGCAUGCUAUUCAUGCAGGAUUGUUCUGAAAAUACUGAUUAGGGUUAAGCACUGACCAUACUGAUUAGGGUUAAGUGCUGAGAAUGAUGAUUAGGAUUAGAAAGUUUUGAAGUAGAUGGCUGAGUUGUCAAAGUAAGCGGCCAGUCCAGGGAUAUUUUAUUUUUACUCCGAAUAACAAAUGCCAUCGGUAAAGAAAUGCCAAGCAGAGUAGCCAGCCGAUACUAACCAAGUAGGCAGUGAUUUUCGCUGGCAACCGGCUACUUUUGACAACCCUGCGGGAAUUGCAGAAUUACACACGUGUUUCUUGCAUGUAAAUCUGCCAUAUUUCAUGCAAAUUACAUGAGAAAUACAUUCGAAAAACACUUGUGUAAAAAAAUACAUGCAAAAUUACACAAGAAAGUACACACAAAUUUCAGAAACUGGGUGUAAAGUUUUACACAGAGACUGUGUGCAUUUUGACAACUUUUAUCUUUGGCUGAAAUCUGUGAGGAGAAGAACGAAGAUCUCUUGCCCUCAAACCAUACUUUGAAUGUUGGUCAUUUUGGGGAAAAAUAGAAUGAUCGUUUCUCUCACCUGGUCAGUUACAAAAUUACUGCCAAUUUGGUUUAACUUUGUGCAAUUCAAUCAUUUAAGCCUCUUAAAAUUUCCCUGAGGUUCUUUGUUACACAAUUGAAACUAGAAUGAUUUGCUGUACUGUUUGAAAUGUUUCUGAUGUUUUCAAAUGUUUUGCAAAUUCUGUAUCUACCAUGCACAAUUUUCAUUUAAGAGGCAAAUUGCAUCCUUGAUUGGCUCAUACAUGUACCUCAUUUUGUUUCAGUCAUGUUGAAACGCAGACCGUGCAGACUGCAGACUGCAGACUGUGCAGACCGUGCAGACUGUGCAGACUGAGUGUUAUUUUUUUACUUGUACCUUAAUUUUGUAGUAAACUUUUUACUAUAGUUUCCUGCUUCCUCUCAUUAUCUGCACUGUGCAUCACCAUCACAUGUGCACUGAUGUGUACCUGCAAGGGUCAUGGGUAGGAAAUGAGAAAAUUUACCGGCAGAUGUAAAAGCAGUUUCGCCUGCUUUUAGCUGCGCCGCUUUCAUGCAGGAGCGAGCACGAUGGAGGAAGGUAAGCUGUUUCUUUCUGUAACUGUAUUAUAUUGCCACAAUUAUUUAUUUUUUUAGUAGAAGAAGCUUUUUCAGGUUAAGUGACUUAAAAUAAAACCCUUUUCGGCUUCCAACAAUGGCUACGAGAGACACAUCAUUUGCCUCAAUUUCCUUGAUUGUUGAUGAUCGUCUUUGGUUUUACUCUGUAAUUCAAACCGCUGACUUGCCGUCAUUUCUUCAAAUCUUACAGAUACCAAUGUCAUCGUUGUUAGCUCGGGAUAUCAAACCGAGACAUUUGAGAAAUGGGCCUUGCUUUAAAAUGUGUGAAUAAAUCAACAGUUAGAUCUACCUAAAAAAAAAUAUUCUGAUUUCCACAUGUUUGGCGGUUCCGUAAGCGUCAGAAUUAAGAGAAGAAGCUGGGCAGCUACUUGAAACUUCUCACAGAUAAUAUUCAAUGAAAAUCAGGACAAAAUAUACCUAAAAUACAAGGCGGGGGAUCUAGUUCAAUGCGCAUUAAAACCCCCUCCACAUCUUCGAGUUGUACAAAUAAUACAUUUGUUACUGAUGAACUAUUUAGUUUUGGAGCUUCAUAAACAAGAACCAUGAUACUCGAACAAGAUUGUCGGUUUCAAACCACUACCACUUAUUGGCGUGAAUGCAUGGAGCAAAUACAAUUGUCGAUUCCCGAGUGUAAACCCGCCCAGAAGGACACUCUUGAGAAUGGAACAAAAAAAAUACAUAAACAAAAGUCUUACGCGAAUCUUCCGAGCUAACAACGAUGACAUCGGUUUCUGUGAGAUUUGAAGAAAUGACAGCAAGUCACCGGUUUGAAUUACAGAGUGAAACCAAAGACAAACAUCAACAAUCAAGGAAAUUGAGGAAAUGUCUCUCUUGUAGCCGUUGUAGGAAGCUGAAAAGGGUUUUAUUUUAAGUCACUUAACCUGAAAAAGCUUCUUCCACUAAAAAAAUUUAAAUAAUCGUGGUAAUAUAAUACAAUUACAGAAAGAAACAGCUUACCUUCCUCCAUCGUACUCGCUCCUUCGGGAAACUAUAGUAAGGUACAAGUAAAAAAAAAUAACACUCAGUCUGCACAGUCUGCCCGGUCUGCACAUUCUGCAGUCUGCAGUCUGCAGUCUGCAUGGUCUGCGUUUCAACAUGACCAAUUUUGUUUUGUCCAGCCAAAUAAUGACUUGGUCAGGCAUAUGUCUUGUGAAGAAAGAAAAUUCAUUUUGCAUCUUUGGUAAAUUUGAACAUGAGAAAGGUCCAAAGUGGCUGUUGAUACUGCUGCAGUAAGAACAUAAAAAUAACUUUAACAAUAAGGAAAAAGUCUUUCUUUGUGGGAAAAAUGUAAUCUACAACAUGUAUAACAUUGAGGAAAGAGGUGUUCUCAUAAAAUCCUAACAUUUAAUUAAUUGUAAGGGGGCAGGGUGCUUAUUGCUCAUUUGGUUGAAUUAUAGGGUGCCUUUUAGAGGGUAGGUGCUUAAUUGAGGAAAUACAAAAAAAGAAACAGCAUUUGAUUUUAAAAAGUUCUUGUCUUAUAUCUAUUCUUGACUUGCACUUAGUUGGAAAUAUUCCAUAUGAAGCAUCAGAGGAGCAGCUUAAAGAUAUCUUCUCUGAAGUUGGACCUGUUGUCAGCUUUAGGUCAGUAUCUGUAGUACGGUUUAUUUAUUAUUACACAAAUGAGGAAUCAUGAUCCUUGUACCACUUUUUUGUUGUGACCAGUUUUAACACUCAAAGAUGACAUUGUGGCUCAGCUUGUACAGCUCUAAAAUAUCUCCAGAAUGCCCAGAUGAAAGCAAUAUCAUGUGCUUGGAAUAUCUGAAAGCAAAAAAAAUAUUUAAAAUUUACUGGUUAGUUCAAAUGAGUUACCACUGGUUAAUCUUUUAAAAUAUUUUUGUGUUCUUCAGUGUGAUUAUUAUUAAUUUUUUCCUAAAGGAGUGAAGCCCAAUAACAGAGAUCUUAACUGAAAUUGAUCAUUGUUGUUGUAGAAUCUGUGAUAUUUAGAGCAAAAUUCAUAUAUUCAUCAUUUCAAUGUUUUAAUCAUUGUUGUACCAAAGGGUUUUGUUGUACUGGGACAUGACUCAAUAGUUAUUAUACUCUGAGAAAGAAAAGUGGAGUUGAUAAUAUGAGAUAAAGAAUACCACUCAAACUCAACUAGCUUAAAACAUACGAAAAAAAAAAGUANGGCAUUACAUGAACAUCUGCAAAGAAACUAGUGAAGGUGAAACUAGUGAAACUGCUAAUAAAGGUCUAAUAAUAUAAGUGUACUACUUCAUGUACCUCACAAAAGUUAACAUUGAUUGGAUGUGUGAAGGUUAACCAGUUAGAAACAUUGAAUUUCAUUUAAAAAAUACUGUUAUUUUCAUUUUACAGACUGGUGUUUGAUCGUGAAACUGGAAAGCCAAAAGGUUAUGGCUUUUGUGAAUACAAAGACCAGGAGACAGCCUUGAGUGCUAUGAGAAACUUGAAUGGAUAUGAACUGAACGGAAGAGCCUUGCGAGUGGAUAGCGCUGCCUCAGAAAAGAACAGGGAAGAAAUGAAAGGUGAGAGGGGUAUAGAUGUUAACUGAAACAGAUUUUAAUAAUAUUAUUGUCAUGAUUUCAUCUAUUUGCCCCUGGAAAUCUUGCUGAACAAAAUGUUUUGAAGCUAGUCAAGCUGUUUUCUGGUCACUGUCCUGCUAUAAAGAGCUAAAACAUACCAUAAAGCCAUUUACAGGUUGUACAUGUCGUGGCUUUCUGAUCCAGAUGCUUAGAUGAAAGGAAACGUAGGUGGGUAGUGGAACAAGAUUUUCAUGGAAAUUUUCAGGUCAAUGUUAAAUGUUUUUUUUGCCUUUUUCUCCUGUUUCCUUAACUGAACUGUGCUCAUUCUGGCAUGGUUUGAAAGAUCUCUUCACUCUGCACAAGUCUGUGGAAAAGUUGUCCUUGACCAUCAAAACUGAUGAUGUCACAAGCGGUAGAAGGGACAUGGAUCCACACGGGUGGUUGCAGGCAGCUUAGGGGCGAAUGGGUUAAACUUCGGUUACAGUGAAUUAUUUACCUUCACCCCUUAUGUUUGACGUGGAGAAAGGCUAAAAUACUGACAAUAUUUUUAUUGAUUACAUAAAGCCUUUAAGAACUAAACCUACCAGAUAAGUUUAUUUUUUGUUAUUCUUAACUUGACUUGGCAUAAGCAAGAAAACAAUCACAAAGAGGCACUACCCAGAUCUGGGUAGUGAGGUGUCAUCAGUUUGGAAUUUCUGCACUCAUUUUUCAGGUGUCAUUUUGCCAUGAGACCAGUGGUGGCAUUGCAAAAUGCUCAGACCAUAGAGGUGUAGGAGAGUUCAUUUGCUAAUGUACCCCUAUUCUGUGUUGUGGUAGAUUACAACCAAGUUCCUUUUUGUAUCCUAGGUAUGGAGGGAAGUUCCCGUCCAGAGGUGAACCCCUAUGGCCCCUCUGUUGCCCCUGAAGAAGCUCCAGAAGCUAUUACACAAGCAGUGGCCAGUUUACCACCUGAGCAAAUGUUUGAGCUCAUGAAACAAAUGAAGGUACAACACUCUUGGUUUUAAACUACUUACUUUGUACAUGUAUGAGAUAAGCAUUUUUAUAACAUUAUGCAGUCAUCUGUGAUGUGGUUGAAUUGAAUUUUCGGUACAUGAGUUGAUUGACAGUCUGCUUGCACAGUUGUGUGCUUACUGGAUGCCACAAGGGACAUUAAAAGUAAAACCUAAAAAUCCUUUGUAGGUGUGAAUGAAAUCUCAUGUUUCCGUAUUUAAAGUACCAGUAAAUAUUUGAUGUAAGACAAAAAACCAUACCUGCCUGAAAACUUGACUUUCCUUCAAGGGCACAGAUGAGUUAUUUGUGACCUUGACUUCAGUUAAAUUUUACAGUUGAUACUGAUGGUAUGAUUCACCAUUGUUUAUUGCAAAAUGUUGUGUAAUGGAAAUGUACCACAAUGACUGCAUUAUCAAAAUAACCAUCAUAAAUGUUUUCAAAUAGAGUUUUGGAUGUUCCCACGACAAAUUGAACUCCUCUGUACAGGGAUGUAGUUUAAAUUUAUAACAGACGGGAAGUGGCAUUUGAUGGGUGGGUAAUAUGAGAAGAAAACAGUUGUGUUUUUAAAGACUGCAAUUUUUAUCAGCUGGAAAAAAUAUGUUGAGAGCUGGGUAUUUCCUCCGCUCCCAGCUAUUAUCUACAUCGAUCCCUAUCUGUACCCUGUGCUUUCCUUCACAUCUUGUACUUAGAACCAUACUUACAAACUUUUGUCUUUAUUAAUAUACACUUUUACCUUCCACUGUGUGUAAAAUGAAGUAGUCUGUUAAAUGUGAGUUUGUUUUAACACCAAAUUCUCACAGAUCUGUAUACAGAACAAUCCUGAAGAAGCCCGCCAGAUGUUACUUCAGAAUCCUCAGCUUGCAUAUGCCUUACUUCAGGCUCAAGUUGUUAUGAAAAUUGUUGAUCCUGUGAUUGCUCAGGUUGGUUUCUUAACCCUUCAGACCGUAAUGUCAGCAUGUUUAUUCUUCAUACAGCAUGUUAUUUUCAACUGUGACGAUAUUGUGUUUUUCUGGAAAGCUCAUCUAGUAUUUCAUUGGUGUUUCAAAAUAACACCACAAUGCAUUAUCUGGAACUGUCUUUGGAACCAACAAAGUGAAUUUGGAAUGUUUGUCAAGGUAGACCUAAGUGAUCAUUUCUGUUAGAAAUCUGGCAACGUUUAUUUUCUUAUUUACCGGUAACCCUUUCACCCUUAGACCAAGUUAUGGUGAGGUCAUUUGUCACUCUAACUUUGGAAUCUGUAGAUGAAAUCGUAUGGUUUUACCAUUCAAAUGAAAAGUCUUAAGCAGUACUUUCACGUGGUAUUUUUUUAAUUAACUUAGUAUGUUGUUCUAACUUUGUCUUUUGAGUCUGUGGAUAAAGUCGUUUAGUGUCACUAUUCAAACAGGGUACUAUUUAUUUAGUAUGUACAGAUGAAGUUCUAACUUUGAAGUCUGUGGACAAAAUCCUAUGUUUUUACCAUGUAAAUGAAAGCGCUUUGGAUGAACAUUUGAAUAGAACUAUUUAUUUCCAGGGAAAUAAUGAAAGAAAUUUGGCUGCUAUUAGGCACAAAGUAUAAAAUAAUAGUCUUGUUGUAAAGAAAAGUUAGGUGCUGGUCACUCUAAGGGUUUAGAGAGUAAAACCAUUUGCCCCUGAAAACUUUGCCAAACAACCUCUUUUGAAGCCUGUUAGGUUGCUGAUAGAACUGAAACUGCCCCAAAACUUUAUUCUAUAAGUUGAACACUACCUUGCCUCCUGCCUUCUUGACUUUUACCUUUUGCCUUUUCUCCUUCCUGGAUUUUUUGGGUUUCUUUCCUGCUCUUUAGAUGCCAUACAUCAUGUAGGGGGACUUUCCAAAAGUCAGAACUUGCCAGCCAGACUGUUCAUUUUGAAAUUGAAAUAUUAGUCUUUUCUUGAAUAUUUUUACUAAAACCCCUCACAGUCUAACAUGGUAUUUAGGAAUUAACUGAUUUGGCUGGAUAGUUAUUAUUUUUAAAAUACAGUGAAACCUCAGUUUAAUGAACCUCUAUAUAACAAAGCCCUUGGUAUAACAAACCAUAUUCUUAGCCCCAGUAAUAGUAAAAUGUAUGGAAAAGAACCUCGAUGUAAUGAAACCUCGUUAACGCGAACAUAUUUUGUCAGUCCCUUGGCCCUUUAAAGUUAUAUCAAGGUUCCACUGAAGUGGAAUUCUCUUGAUGACUGGACUGGUGUGGCCAGCGACAAAUGGUAAACAGCGUCCCUAAGUUAGUACCUGUUUCCUUCAGGACAGAAGGGAUCAAAGACCUUGAGGCCCAUCUUCCUCAAGAUUGUAAACAAUCCAUCAAGCACCAAAACAUUAUUUUAUGGAUAGUUUUACUAUGCUAGAGCAACCAGUUAAAAAUUAAUAAGAUUUGGCGAGGAUUAUUUUUUCAAAAUUAAUGAAAAGGAUCCUCUGGUUUUGACAAGUGUUUAAAUAAAAAUAGAUGGCUCUGUCUUGUUCCAACAUUCCUCUCAGUUUUUCGUAUAAGCCACUGAGGGUAAUUUUUCAGCAGCUUUUUCCACACUAUAAGUUACCUGCUAAAUCUUGGUCUGAUGUUUUCACAUUUUUGUCCACUUCUAUCUUGAAACUCCUUAGCCAAAGACAUUUUUUUGCCAGACCAGACCACUCCAAAUGUACAGGAUUUUCCAUCAACACUAUGUUGGUCACACUGCUUGUUUACAGUGACUAAGAUAAUUAUAUAUUUUCUUUAUUACAGGGGAUAUUGCAUCGCCCUACAGAGCCAGCUGCACCAAUACAACCAGUAGGUGUUCAACAGCCAAAGCCUUUAAUGCACUCAGGUCCAUUUGGUGGAGGACCCGGUCCAAAUAAUGAGGGCCCAUCUGGACCCUUCGACAUGGGACAGCAUGGAUCUGGACCACCCAUGAGAGGUCCUCAUGAGAUGAGAGAACCUGACAUGAUGGGGCCUGGAGAUGGAAGGGGCCCACCAGAUAUGCGGGGACCCCAAGGCAUGCGAGCUCCUCCAGACAUGAGAGGGCCACCUGAUAUGAGAGGUCCAUCAGACAUGAGAGGUCCACCAGACAUGAGGGGUCCACCAGACAUGAGAGGUCCAUCAGACAUGAGAGGGCCACCAGACAUGAGGGGUCCACCAGACAUGAGAGGUCCAUCAGACAUGAGGGGCCCACCAGACAUGAGAGGUCAACCUGACAUGAGAGGUCCACCAGAUAUGAGGGGGCCAGGUAUAAUCUACUUUAUUUCAUCAUUAUUUGCACUCAGAAAUGGUACACAUGUACUCCAUGCUCUAUAGUAUAUUGUCACUUUCAAAGGUCUUGGGGACAUCUGAUGCUCUGGGUAAAGUUCUGAAAAGUCCAAAUCCUUCCUGUAUUUCACCUAAAACAAGUUCUUAAUAAUUAUCAAGGUAGCCUUAAUAUAACUAUAUAUUAUUUUAAUCACUUUUACCAUAUGGUGUGGAACACAGAACAGGGCCAGAGGUUGGCCACACCACUGUGGUCUACCUCCCCUACUCUUUUCGAACUGUGGUGUGGGUGCUUUGACGUUCCACAACAACCAGAUAAGUGAAAGUGCUGUGAGAUGGGACCUAUGAUUUUGCGUCCUUAUCCGAGAAGACCAGAAAGUCUAACCAUUUGCAGAUGUCAUUGCAAAGGCAGCACUUUUUCCUCAGUUACUUAAAGACCCUGAGUGUUGGACGGCCAGGUUUUGGAUCUGCGACCUUUCUUUCAGCAGACCAGCCCUCUCCCAACUGAGAGCUUUAGCUUUAUUUAUUUUGUUCAUUGUUGUUCUUAUUGAUACCCAGAUGGACGAGAUAUGAGAGGAAUGCCACCUGACAUGAGAGGCCCUCCAGACAGAGGUCCUGAUAUGCGGGAUGCACACAUGAGAGGCCCAGGAGAUAUGAGGGGCCAUGGGGACAUGAGAGGAGGUCCUGGAGACAUGAGGGGCCAUGGAGACAUGAGAGGAGGUCCUGGGGACAUGAGGGGUCCACCAGACAGGGCCCCUAUGGAUAUGAGGGGACCUCCUGAUAGAGGACCAGGUGAAAUACGGAGCCUUAUGGAUCAAAGGGACUUCAGGGGCCCUCCAGAUAUGAGAGGACCAGAUGGCAGAGGUAUACUAAGUCAUGAUAACUUUCACCCAUGACCAAAAAAAGAACACAUUUCUUUCAAUUUAAUAAACAAUACCUGUAAUUCUUUUUAAGAAGAGUGAACCCUAAAUCUUUUGGUAAAUGGUAAUCAAUAAUAUAUGAAGGUAAUUACUGCUUGGCUUUGAUUCUCCUCAGGCCCACCAGGACCAGACUUUAGAGGCCCUCCUCAAGAUCAUUUUGGGGACCCAAGAGAUCGCCGCAUGCCGUUUGACCCUCGAGAUCCAAGAGGCAGGGAACCACCAAGAGGUAAUUCCUUCAUAAACUGUUUUCACGGCUGACUUUUUUGCAUUCAUAUUUGAAAUAACUGUUAUUUGUACUUGUUGUACAUUAUAUUGUGUUAUGUAGCUGCAUGUUCAAGAUAUCUUGUGUGCUGUUGCCUCUGAAAUAUUGAAGUUUAGUCAUUCUUACCAUUGGUUUGUUUUCUUUUGUUUUACAUCCUUAACUGUCAUACAAAGGAAAUACAUGUGAAACUGAUUUAACUAAUGUCAAAUUAAAGCCACAGCAUUCAGUUUUGAGUUUUUUUAGAUGACAGACGAGGCCCCCCAAUGGAUCACAGAGAUCAACCCAGGGAUCCAAGAGGCCCCCCCCCUGAGCAGAGAUUUGGUCCACCCAGUGGCCCAAGGGAUCCACGUGGUGACCGUGGCCCAUCAGGGCCUCCAAAUGACGGGCGCUUCUCAGGACCAGUUCAUUCACCACAACAGCAGUGGGGACCUAACCAAGGAGGACCACCUCCAAGACUUCCUCAAAGUAAGAGAAAUAAUUAUCGCCUUGUCACCACUAACAUUAUCAUUAUUGUCACCACCACUGUGUUGUUUAUGUUCCUUCUAGAUAACUUGUUACGUAAUCAUCACAGUCUUCUUCACUGCCAAUAAUGGCUGUCUUUACACUAGGCUGUUAAGUAAGACUUAAGAGCUGCUAAGUUUUACUUAACCAAAAAUUCGUGUGUGAAGGCCUAAGUAAAAUCUCAAGGUACUUUAACUUUGCAUCUCAUUAAAGUUAGAAAGUUGAAACGAUUCAAGAAGGUUUCAAGCUACUUGAAAACCAUCCUUAAAACCGACUUAGCUGACAUGCGGUUACUUGCGGAUUGUUGAGGUUUGAGAAAGGCGAAACACGUCAAUCAAUCGUAAUUAUGUUACUUGGUCAAAUAGCCUUGAGUUAACCUGAAGUAAAAAAGAAUUAUUUGUGUGUGAAGCUUUAUUUUACUUGGAGUAAUUAAAAUUUACUUGUCUUGAAAUAUUUCUUAGCUUAUUUAGGCUCUAGUGUAAAGACUACCAAUAUGUUGGCUUUGGCAAUGAUGACAGCAACGACAACAAGGGCAUGAAAGAAAAAAGCAAUGGGUCUAAUAAGCAAAACAACAACUCUGCAUGUGCCACACACUUUUUGGCACAUUUCUUUGCCAGCAAUGCACAACUACUACAUGAAAUUCCAUUAUAGGAUGGUUCAUUGAGGACUUUAACUUCUCAUUUUUACUUUUAAUCUUGGGUUUGGUCCCUUAAAUAAUUUAUUGCUAGGAAAAUCCACCUAAAUGUGACAUUUUAAGCAAGUUUGAAUGAUGAUGACAAAGUUUGAAAGAAGUUAAAGUCCUUUUAACAGUGACAGUUUUGCUGCCAUCACUGUCGUUGUUACUAAAGCUCACUAUACUAGUCUACAUCUUUUCAUUCCACCAUACUGUACCUUAGGUACUGAUUUAAAGAAGCCAGUAGGGAUCCAUAUUCAUUUUAUAUCAUUUCUGAUUUGCAUUUCAUUUCCGUCUACUAAGAAAAGGGUUUUAACUAAGCUGAAAAGUAGACUCGGUGACUUCGAUGGAUGAUUGGGAUGCCACAGUCUGUUAGUUUGCCUUGAAGACAAGAGGGUGCACGUAUAAGGCAGUGACUUUUUUUCGCCUGAGGUGGCGAAACACCCUAUAAAAUGUCACGUCUCGAGGAAAGCUGUAACGUUUUCUGCAAAUAUGAUAGCUCUAGACUUGCCACAAGUUGACCCCAUGAAUUGCUUAGUGAGUGGAGCGAGUUUUAAGUCAGAUGAAAAACUUUUUUGAAAGUCUACAAAUGGCCUGUCUUUGCAGUUCUUCACAAAAUGAAAAAUGCCAAUGGUUAACGAUGUGAAAAUUGAGCUUGUGAUCAUUUCUUGGAAAAUACUGGAUCAUCAAAGAUGGUGCCAACUAACAGUUGCNCUGUAACGUUUUCUGCAAAUAUGAUAGCUCUAGACUUGCCACAAGUUGACCCCAUGAAUUGCUUAGUGAGUGGAGCGAGUUUUAAGUCAGAUAAAAAACUUUUUUGAAAGUCUACAAAUGGCCUGUCUUUGCAGUUCUUCACAAAAUGAAAAAUGCCAAUGGUUAACGAUGUGAAAAUUGAGCUUGUGAUCAUUUCUUGGAAAAUACUGGAUCAUCAAAGAUGGUGCCAACUAACAAUUGCAGAGCAAAGAUGUGUGUUAUUCUCCGUCAUUCUCAGUGGAUAAGAAAUAAUCAGAAUACAGGCAAAAUGUACAUGAUAAAACCAUACAUGAAUUUUUGAAAAGAUCUUGUGGUUGAGCAAAACCUUACUCGUCCAAAGGACAACUUUCGAAGUUACCUCAAUUGUCUGUGCGAGAUUGUAGUAGUCUGGAACAACUGGACAAUUGCGAAUAUGGAUCCCUGAGCCAGGGUUCUCAAUAAGUUUUAAAGUAGAUAGCUAGGAUGUUAAAAUAGGCGGCUUGAUAAUUUGAGUGCUGAAAGCAAUUUCAGGCUUUCAUUCUCUCACCUUCCCCUCUUCUACAAAAAGUAGAUGACUCAAAAUUUGGAAAAAGUGUUUUUAGCAGGUUGGUAGCACUUAAUGACAACCCGGAGAGGUGCAAAGAGACUUUCUUGCAUAAAGAAACUCUUAAUCACUUGACAAUCCGAUCUGAAAAAGGUACUUUUUUUAGGUUUUAAUCCUCCCCCAGGGGGUCCUGGUGGACAGGGUGGUGAUGUCACUGCACAGGAUCAAGAAAAGGUACAUCAACAUCAAAUUAGUUUUUUUAGUUUUAAAUGCAACAACUUUUAGUUAUUGAGGUUAUUACCCUGUUUCUUCAGCUACUUGUGUAGUUUUUUUUUGUUCAUCAAAAUGAGCUGAAUUUUGCUGAAAAAUAAAAACAGAAUACUUGCCAAUUUAAUUUUCAGACUCCAGUUUAAAUUCUCAAUUUUAUAAGGCAUAUUUUUCUUCUCUUCCAAAUGCUAGCUAAUGGUGUUUUCCAGUUUGAAUAAUGUGUUUUACCUGUCAGGAGAACAGGUUUUCAUCCCAUAUUUUUUGGCUCCUAAACUUUGAUUUUCUUCUUGAAGACGUUAGCAAAUCUUUUUUUUAGACCCAAGUGUCAAAGCAAGAAAAGAUUGUUAACAGUAAAUAGCCUGUGUGCAUAUUCCUCCUCCCCUCAGUAAAAAAAUUGGAAAGCAGGGAGGGGGGGAGGCAUCUCAACACAAGCUAACAGUAAAUUGCUGACAAUAAAGCAUAUAUUCAUCCCCAGUCUCCAGAGUCCCAGAUUCACUAAAUCUUCCUUAGUCAAAUAAUAUAUUUCAAUUAUUGAUUGAUUACAAUAGUUAUCGUUAAGAACCAUUGCUAAGGAUAUAUCUUUUCUGUGACACUAUUUUUAUGCAUGACCACAAACACACAAAAAAAUGAUUGUUUAAUUCUUCUGGUAAAUCUCUUUUGUUUUAUUAGUGAAGGCCAUUUCAAAAUACUUUGCAAGUACUUACAGAAAAUCUGCCCUUUUUAACUUGUAUAAAUUUGUUUCUUUGACUAUUCUUUACAGGCUGCUCUUAUCAUGCAAGUUUUGAGUCUAACUGAUCAACAAAUUGCAUUGUUGCCUGAAGAUCAAAGACAGAGUAUUAUGGUGCUGAAAGAACAGAUAGCCCACAGCACACAGCAUUAAUUUAUGAACAUUACACUGUUCUUUCAGAGUGGUGGCUUUGAUUAAUCUUCAUUAAAAUAUUUGUUAAACACGUGUUUCCAUUUGAAGUAAUUAAGUACCUUUGAGCUCCACGAAGUGAUUAGACUGUAAUGGUCCAUUUUAACAAAUGGGCAGCAAUUUUCCGUGUUCUGUACUCUUACAGACUGUAGAUACCGUAUUUAUUCAAUUAACCGUCCUGGG